CUUUUAUUGUUUUUUCUGCGGCUCUUCUCCUUGUGCUACGAGUUAGCAUGUCUGGACGCGGGAAGCAGGGCGGCAAGGCGCGCGCCAAGGCCAAGACGCGCUCGUCGCGGGCCGGACUCCAGUUCCCGGUGGGGCGCGUGCACCGCCUGCUGCGCAAGGGCAACUACGCCGAGCGCGUCGGGGCCGGCGCGCCCGUGUACCUGGCGGCCGUGCUGGAGUACCUGACGGCCGAGAUCCUGGAGCUGGCGGGCAACGCGGCCCGCGACAACAAGAAGACGCGCAUCAUCCCGCGCCACCUGCAGCUGGCCAUCCGCAACGACGAGGAGCUCAACAAGCUGCUGGGCAAGGUGACCAUCGCGCAGGGCGGCGUCCUGCCCAACAUCCAGGCCGUGCUGCUGCCCAAGAAGACCGAGAGCCACCACAAGGCCAAGGGCAAGUAAAAGCCUGCAGCGCGGGGCGGCCACUCGGCACUUG